CUGCAAUGGUACGCGGACGUGACUACGUCUUUAAAUGGCUGUGCCCGUUAUUUUAUCUUCAGUUUACAUUGCUGGAAAGCACUCAACCGCUAGGAAAGUAGCCUGGGAGUCUUAGCACGCAUUAACAGAAUAGAAAGUCCUUGUUAGUCUUCAGAAGGAUUGAUAAAGCUGAUUGAUAACUGUCACUGCAUGCCAGCUUGUCUGCAGCCAGAGCCACGUUGCAAGCCUGAAGAAUGAUCUCAACUUCCACGGCAGCACUUCAGCUCACGGUCAAACUACUUUUACUGCCCUUGUGGUUGCUCAGCUUUCUAGGAAUAUGGGGCCCGUUUAGCAGUUUAUUCUUCCCGUAUAUCAUGAACUGUCUCGCAAAAGAAUACAGUGUGAAAAUGAUCAAACGAAAGCGGGACCUUUUUUUUAACUUGCAAGACUUUCCCAGGCACAAUGCCAAGCUAACUGUGCUGGAGAUAGGUUGUGGAACAGGUGUCAACUUCCAGUUCUACCCAAAGGGCAGCAGAGUCAUCUGUGUGGAUCGCAACCGCCACUUCGACAAGUUCCUGAGCGAGAACGCGAAGAAGUACCCCCACCUCCAAGUGGAGAAGGUCGUGAGCCCUGCAGAGGACUUGAACGGAGUGGCCGAUGGGUCAGUAGAUGCAGUGGUCUGUACCCUGGUCCUCUGUUCUGUGAACAACGUGCAGAAAGUUUUAAAUGAGGUUGUCCGUGUGCUGAAACCUGGAGGAACCUUUUACUUUAUGGAACAUGUUGUUGCAGAUCCUUCAACCUGGACUUACUUCUUCCAGCAGAUCAUUGAUCCUUUGUGGUGGUAUAUCGCAGAUGGCUGUUGCCUUAUAAGAAACACUGCAAAAUACCUGGAGGAGAGUGGGUUUUCUGAUCUGAAAGUGAGACAUAUGCAAGCCCCACUGAAAUUACAUUUGGUGAGGCCUCACAUUGUAGGGUAUGCAGUGAAAUAAUAGCUGAAGGAGAAAAUGUAACAUACAUGGGUUGGACUGAAUGUAGACAGAUAUGUGAUACUUUUAGAGUAGUAUAUCAAUCAUAAGUCUUUCAACAUACCAGUAUUGUAUGGUUGUUUUCACAUUAACAUAUUAUUUCACUAUCAGAAGUAAUUCCCCCCUUCUAGGUUAUUUUAGGAUUCUGUUAGUAGAUGUUACAUAUUUAUAUUUUGUAUGAUUGCACUAACAUAUAAAGUAAUCUAAAUAUGACUGUGAAAUAGAGAUUAUACCAUUGCAUUGUUUCAGGAUAUAAACAAGACGUUAUGGUCUGUGUCCUGUCGUGUGUGAUACAUUUAUUUGUGAUUUCAUAUGGUUUAACAAUAAUGUACUCACUAAUGAUUUGACUAUUGGUGUGAAGUAAAGCUGUUCUACAUAAGAUCACUGCUGCAAAAAUUAGAAUUCUGACUCACAAGUAACCAUCAGAUAGAUGUCAAUCCCUAGGACAGAUCUUUUUCACUAUUAGACAUCACUUUGAGUACAUAUCAAAUGCUUGUAUUCUCAGUCAGAGAAGCCAAGUCUGCACAUUUUUUUCUCUUUUUUUAUGCUGCAAGGAGUGAAAAGACAUCAGAAAAAUCUAGCCAUCUUUUUUACUGAAGAAAUGGAGGAAAACAGAGUAAUGUACUGAAUUUCCCUGAUUUUUCUCUCUUUCUUAAUAUCUCUUAUUGUUUUAAGAUUGGUCUUAUUUACUUACUGAUAUGUGUAACAAUGUGAAACAUAAUAACACAAAACAAAUACCCAAUGGAUACAGAACUAAUAAAACAGAAAGUAAACCACGACCAACAGAGUACUUCUGAAGCGUUUCUCUCUGAAGAAGCCAUGUAAUGAUGGUGAAAGCGCUUAGUGUGUGGAACAGUUAUUAAACGCUUCAGAAAUACUCUGUUGGUCGUGGUUUACUUUCUGUUUUAACAGUUUGAAACAUACCUGAGCAUUAAGAAAUGCAGUAAAGAAUUAAAUCUGAAAAUUAAAAAAGUGCACAACAAAAAUGAAUUCCAGUGCUUGAGUAAUACCCUAUUGAAAGUGAAUUUGCUCAUUCAUUCUUUUAUAGAAUUUCAAAAUGCUUAAUACUAGUAAUGAAAGAAAUAAAAUUAAAACCAGCUUAGAUGAAUCACACGCUCCAUCAAUCAAUGCUCACAAUCAAUGCUCACAAGUCAAAUUAAUGACCAACUAUAUGAGCAGUGGUCUCUACCCAUGGAAUUUACUAAGCAUUUAGGGGGAACAGAAGUAGAUUGCUAAGGCUUUCUUCCACAUCUUGCAUACACAUCACGUUUGCCUAGGGAGAAUUUAUCCUACCUUGUUUAUUUGGGAGAUGGAAGGAUACCAGAGUACCUGGAGAAAGCCAGUACAAACACACUAAGGACAUGCAGACUGCGCUCAGAAGACACAAAGCAAGACUCAUAACUAGAAAACAUGUUGCUGUAACAGUCCUACCCACUGCACCACUGCGCCAUCUGCUUCACAAGAUACUUUCCACCAAAGAAAAAUUAAAUAUAAUGAAUGCCUUCAGCAGGAGCAUAAAAAGAUAAAAUUCAAACUCAAUCUAUUGAAAACAGGUAAUGCGCAGAAUAAAACAAGUUAAAAUGUAUAAAUGCUUACAGUGAAAAUUGUGUAAUACUUAAAUGGCCUGCUUUUUUAAGUUGCAUAUAAAAUGAAUUCAGCUGAAAAUAGUCAUUAUUGUUUUUAGUUUUUCACUGGUGCAAAAUAUAGUUUGAGUCAUCCAAAUUGCUUUUAAAGGAAGUUAUGCAAUACAUCAAUGAGCACAUUUUCACAGCUCAUUUUCUUACAAAAAUAGCAUCACAGGAUUAAUUCAUCAGAACAUGGUAGUGUUGCUUACAGUGAAUUAAAGUUGUGAUCAUUGCGUUGAUUAGCGAGAAUAUGAUUGUGGAUAUAGUGCAGGAGUCACAAAGAGUGAUCAUUGUGUUAUGUAGUGGGGGUGAGUGACAGUAGAGAAAUGUGUCCCUUUUCCAUACUGCUUUGUGAUCUUAGAGUUAGUAUAUUUAAAGAUGCAGGGGUGUUUGGGUGCAGCCCUGGAUAGAGUGCCCCAUGCAAAAUACACCAGUUUUAUAUUUGUUUUGCAGUUCAAUGGGCAGGAGAUUGUUUUUGUUUGCUGUACGAGACCUCAAGGAAAAUGGACAUUGGUGAUCCGGUGCAAACCUGGUUUUAAAUGCUUGAUGUCAUUACUAUCACCCAGUCUGAUGAACGUCUAUAAAAGGAGGAAUAAAAAUACUUUCUGAUUAUGCUA